AAAAACAACUUUUUUGUAUGGGGGUAGUAAUUGCAAAAAUACUAGAAGCAAAAACAUUAGCUGCAUCCCAUUUCCGGUCCCCUGUCUUUUUAAUAAGGAAAUACAAUAUAAUAACAUCAGUGAUGACAUCAUGAGGAUGGCAUGUCUGGUCAGUAACAUUCUUACUUGAUAACUGGGAGAAAACUAAAUCCUUUCUCUGGAAAAACUUGGCAGGUCCUGGGUGUGUGUCAUGGGAAGAGAGAGCAGCUGGUCUUUUUCGUAUAACAGUUGAUGUGAAAGAGCUCGUGUGUAUAAGUGAGGACAUUCAGAGCAUUAAUAUCCUCAAAGUCAGCCCUACUGCUGCUGGAGAGCAAAGCUGCGCCGCAUACCAGCAUACAGGCGCAGCUCCACCCCGGGACAGCGACCAAACAUUGGGGGUGCUAACGUGGUGUGAAGGUUAUUGAUCUGAUCGAACAGAAAUCAGUCGCCAUGGAGCUUCACCUGUUCGCCACGGCCUGUCUCAUCUUUUGCAGGAUAAUGAUGACGCAUCAAACUCAACACAUGAACCCAGUGUCUACGUUUCUGUUUGCUCCACGAGGGCCUCAGAUGUUUCCAUGUCUCACAUACCUGGAGAGAAACGUCAGGGUGGACUGUGAGUUUCCAGAAACCUAUCAGGUCCCCGGGCCCUACUGUGAGUACCGACAGGACAGCCGGCUGGUCGGCAGCACCUACCCUAACGCAGUCAUCUAUGUGACCACGGAAGACCGAAGGAGGAGCAACGUUAGCCUGGUCAGCCCAAACCUGUGCCGCCUCACCUGGGCCCCCCUGGCUGAUGAGAGGCCUUUCACCUACACCUGCAGGGUUUACCAGGGAAACUCCUGGAAGGAGAACAGCAUGGCUGUCCAUCACAGGAUUCUUCCAAUCUGCUCUGCAAUCAGUGUUAUGUUCAAGUCAGCGCCUUGGCUUUUGUCACUGGUAAUGUCACUUCCUUUUGCUGUGGGCCUUCUGAGUCCAUGACCUUUUACUUGCAAACUGUGAGAAAUCAAUGGACCUUUCUUACAUGGUUUGUGACUCAUUCUUUUUGAUGGGUAGCUGUUGGCGCUGAUGAUUUUAAUUUCUGUAAUUUUUGUUUUAGACAGAGAAUAGAAGCCAUGAAAGCCCCUCAAUAUAAAACACAACAUCAAUCAACCUCUCAUUGAAAUUUGUACUAUUCUUUAAAAACAAACUAUAUUGAGAUAGACCUCAUUCUCAACACUUUACCUUGAAAGACAUUUCAAAGACGAAUAGAAAAUUGAUCAGCUGUCCUUGUAAAUAAGAUUAACAGAGACCUAUAUGUAUUAAAAAAAAAUUAUUUAGAAAAUUGAUUUUUUGUUUAGAUUUUUGUUUUUUAAGAUAAAAAGGAGCUUCCUAUAGAUUUAUAUUGCUUCUUUAAAUUAUAUUGCAAAACAUGUACACACAAAUGUUUGAUUAUGUAUGUGCACUAAAAUUUCAAAAGGGUAUCUUUCCUGGAGAAUUCAAGAAUAGAGAGACCUUUGUUCAUUUGAUUUAUUUUGCAAUUCAUUAAAGAAUGUAACUGUUGCAGCUCUUUAUGUUUCAGUUCAUCCCCUGAAUUUAACUUCUUUAUAAGUCUCUGAAUUGCGCUCAACUAUAGAUAAAAUAUGUAAUCUAAAUAGGUAUCCAGGUGGCUGACAUGGGUAUUAAGUAAUAGCAAUGGAUAACUGCUAAAACACUGCCUUUUCUGCUAUUAAUGCUAAUAUCCAAUACCUUCAGUACCUUUGAAAAGAAUGAAGAAGUCUGUACACUGGAGUCUGGACCCCUGUGUGAGGUUUACAGCACACACAUAGACUUUUUUUUUUUUUUUACUCACGCACAGUGCAAUAUCAGAUUUCUCAUUUCGACAGCAAUAAGACCAAAUGUUGAGAUGUUCGGGGGAGGGUUUCUUUAGAAAAACACAUUAAUAUCUGUACACUGUGUCUCACUCAGUGCUUCCAUGCUUAUCUGCUUACAGCCUAAAAACACAUGUAGAUGUUUGUCUCUAAUGCAAGUUUGCAAAGUGUGGGCAAGGCAAGGUUGUAAAUCUCGAGUCAUGUAGUAAGGGUAAAGCUGUUAUUGAAUAAGUAACAUUUAUUAUGCAGUUCAGGUUAUACCUGAUGGACAGACAAGGCCAGGAUCGAGUAUACGAUGAGGAUAGGAGGUGGUGAGAGUUUAAUGUUUUGCACAGUAAAUACUCAAGCUUGUAAUCCUGGUGCGUAAUAUAGAUAUUGCUCUUGUGCAAGUAAGCAUGUGUAAGUAUACACUAAAAUGAAUGAGUUUUAUGAAUAACAUAAGGUUUAAGCUUUUUGAGCUACUUUUGCACUUCCAUAGGCUAUUUAAUGCUGCUUACCUAAUUUUUUGAGGCAAUAUUUUUUAACUUCAAUGUCACAUUUUAAACAGUGUUUGUGUCCACGGUGCAUUUUGUGUUUAUUUGCUAUUAUUUUGAUGCUACACUCCUACCUAUUGUUUAGUAGUACUCGUAGCGGUGCUUGUUAUAAAGAUGUUUUUCUAUUUUUCAAAUAAACAGAUCAGCUUGUUUAGUUUGUUUGAUUCUAUCACCAAAGGUGUUAUGAAUGAAUGGGGGGAAAAAAAUCAAAUAAAGCUUAUGCACAAUGAA